AUGAGUCAAAAUAACCCUCCUCCAAAACUCCCCUCUCUAGACCACAGCACCAGUAUCCCUCCUCCCGCGACCUUACACCCCAAACCUCGCUCUGCCGUACCCUCAUACCUGCUGAACGGUUCCUCUCCCCUACACCGUUCGCAGACGACGACUCGAGCGCAGGAACGAGAGAACCUGGCAUCUUCUAUCCAAGCUACGUACGGCCGGCGGAAAACCAUAGAUCUCACCGCCGAAAGCCAGACAACUUCACAGGCCACCAUGCCGAGCGGGACGUCAUGGCUGGGCCUGGAGAAUACGCAGAAAGACACCGAGUCGAAACGUCCUACAACACUGCAUACCCCCGCUCGAGACGAGCGAGACGAAGCACCACCCACCCCUCCUGCCUCCACGGUGUCGCGCCCUGCAAGUCCCUAUACACUGAAUCCGCCCAUCGACUUUGACGGUCUUUCCUGGCCGUGUAUCGGCACUCGCGAACGCCUCGAUCAGACUCCCGAACAGGCACAGGUUCGCCUCGACAAACUCGCGGGGGCGGUCCGGACGAUAUUCGAGUGUAUAGGCGAAGACCCCGACCGCGAGGGACUGCGAGAUACCCCGGAGAGAUAUGCCAAGGCCCUGAUGUAUUUCACCAAGGGCUACGAGGAGAACGUGCGGGACUUGGUCAACGGGGCGGUCUUUCAUGAAGACCACGACGAGUUGGUCAUUGUCAAGGACAUUGAAGUAUUCAGCCUGUGUGAGCAUCAUAUGGUGCCAUUUAUUGGGAAGAUGCAUAUUGGAUACAUUCCCAACCGGCGCGUGCUUGGGUUGUCGAAAUUGGCCAGACUGGCGGAGAUGUUCUCGCGCAGGCUGCAAGUUCAAGAGCGGUUGACGAAGCAGGUUGCCCUGGCGAUCGCCGAAGUCCUGAAACCACAGGGCGUCGGGGUCGUGAUGGAGAGCAGUCAUCUUUGCAUGGUGAUGAGAGGCGUGCAAAAGACCAGCAGCUCCACGACGACGAGUUGCAUGCUGGGCGCCAUGAGAAGCAGUGCCAAAACCAGAGAGGAGUUCUUGAGCCUAUUGAAUCGGAAGUGA